CCUUGAUACGUCAUCACUCUGGAACCUUCCCGUAUUAAUCGAGGCUGAAGCAUCGAAAGUCUAAGGUAACACGAGGCAAAUAAAUGAUUUAAUGCUUCUGUUUUCUCAUUUACAAACUUGGAUACCAGUCAGCUCGAACGUCAAGAAAAUGGAUAUCCGUUUGGCUAAUAUCAUCACUAUCGGCAUUGUCGUCUGUGUCUUCGUUCUCCUGAUCGGUGGAGGGGUCAAUGAAGUCCAGAGUCAGUCAACCGUACGGUCAGCUCUGCUAACAAAAACACAUACACCAGCGCCUCAACCACCAUUCAGAGAGUGUUCCUGCAGCUCCAGUCCUUGCCAUCAUGGUGGAGAAUGUAUUGACCGACGUGUUGGUAAUGGAAUCUCAGCUAUCAUAGACUUUACAUGUGAAUGUAAAGAUCAGUGGGAAGGCAAUGUGUGUCACACAUGUAACAGUACAACUAACGAGAUCAAGUGCUCUAACCUGUGUUACAACCGAAGGAAUGAUAUAUGUGAAGACGGAGGACAAGGUUCUGUGACACCAAGUGUUUGUGCUCUAGGUUCUGACUGCGAUGAUUGUAACUCCCGGUGUCUCCCUACAACAUUGUAACUUUACCCGAGGGACGCAUGCGCACUGGGGUACAUUGGGAAGAUUUUACCAGGAAAUUGGACAAACUGGAGACAUCUUGACGUUUUACGGCUUAACUCUGGUUCUUAGUAUCCACGGCUACUAGGGUAACAUGGCGAUCCUAAUUAACGUUUCUUUGAUAAUUUGACUAUAAAAUACACAACUCACUUUCAUUAAAGUCAGAACGUCGGGAUUGGGCUCUAAGAAUCCAGAACUAGAACAAAUAUUAACAUUUUAAAAUGGAAUCCGGGCAAUAUUAACAUUUGGCAGAAAGUCACUAAUACUAUUUGAUUUAUCACAAUUACCUAUCUAUUCAUUUAUAAUUAUGAUUUCUGCAAGGAUUCAAUUAAACUUUGCAGGUCUACUUUCGCUUCUGAUUCUUCAAAGUAAUUUGAAAAUCUUGCAUUUUUAAUUGCAGGCUAUCAAGGUAACAUUACAAAUGAUUAUUUUAUACCUUUUACUGAAAAUUUGAGAUUGGUCAAUUUUUUAUUUUGUUUUAAUGAUUGAUUUUUAUGAAUGAUAUGAUCUUGCUUUUAUAUCAUUGUUCUUUAAAAUAUUUUAUUUUCUGAAUAUACUUGUAAUAUCGCUGCAAGUAGAAUACACCAAACUCAUUGUCAAUAUCAUUCGGAAUAAAAUUUGUCUAAUAAGGUA